AACACAUCACAACGAGCAGAAACACAAUAGAGAGAGUGUUUAGAGAGCUUCGGUUUUCGCACAAAACCGCGAGUAUUGAGAGGAGCUGUUUUAUCCUGGAGACGACCGGUUGAUAGUCUGCCAUGCGCAUCGAAGGCAGUGCCGCGAACGUCUUAAAAAAAGCGACCUAGUCCGCGACUCAGCUCCAGAUUCGGUAACCUCGUUCCUUUUGUUGUUCCGUUCCUAACAUCCCAACACACCAGAGAUCGGGUUGCACACGUACCACCAUUUUCAAUGAUCUCCUCUGUUGUAGGCAUGAUUAUCUUCAUCGCUUGCCAGACGAACAAGUUGUGCUUGGGUAGAAUAUUAAAGCUCCAUAUCUGUUUUCAGAAAGAGCGCUCAAAAAAGGAUACUUCCACCUUCUUCCCUGCCUGCCGUCGACUCAACUGCAAAGCUAAAUGAUAACCUGACUUCCCGAAUAAACACCUGAUUGCUCUCCCUCCCACACAAGUUUAUCCUCAACCUGCAGCUGGGGCAAUUGUAUCUCUAAAAUUUUCGUUACAAUUUCCCCUACAAACCAAUCUCGAAGGUAUACCACUAUCCGAAACCUGGCACCAUAAAAGCCGCCACCCUUUGUCCUAUCACCACUGGAGCCGCCGGUAAGACAACCUCCUAUCUUCAUGGCACUCCUGGGAUCCAGCUAUCCUCACAAAUACGAGCUUGCUCCCCAUCCCCAAUUUGCCAUUUUAAUGCUUCCAGUAGAAGAUCUCGACCAUGCAAAAUUUCUAUCCAACCCCACAAAGGCCUUGAUCUGCUUCCAGCCUCUAGCACUACUGAAUUAGAUGAAUAUUUUCCUUUAAGUACCCGGACAAGCAAUGACUCCAACUCCAUCCAUAUUCUUCAUGCAAUUUUGGCCAACAAAGCCUAGUUAAAAUUCUCUAAUCUUCUAAUUCCCAACUUUCCAUCAUGCUUACUUCGACAUAAAUUCCUCCAAAACACCCAAUAGUAAAUUCAAAUGAUGGCUAAAACCUCAUUUGCAAACCAUUAGCAAACGAGCAAGGCCCGGGCCGACCCGGAUCCGAGUACUAAAACCAUAUCUCGAUAGACUUGGACAACGAUAACUAAAGUUACCCGCAAAUGGAACCAUAUCACCGCCUUCUUCUCUUCGAGCUCCACUUCAACCCUCCCUCGCCGCUGCUACCAUCACUUGCUGUCCAAUACCCCUGCGAAUUCAAGAGUUCUGGGAUCUUGCCUCCCACCACAGCUUUCACCAACUGGAGUCGCCGGGGACCGACCAGACGGCUAAGGUACAACUUCAGAGAUGAGCUCUUCACCGACGACAGCGAUGAUCGGUAUGGAGGUUUCCGGUCUGGCGGAGCUUCUUCGACCAAGAGAGUCUGGUGGCUCGACGACGACGAUGAAGACGCUGAUUCCGAUUUCGAUUCAGAUUCGUGGGAGGUGGAUGAUACGAAGAAUGAGUUCCCCCUUUUCAAGGUGAUGGCAGCUUUAGGUUGGAUGUUUCCAGCAAUUGCAGUAUCUAUGCUGGUAGGAACGGACCAAAACGCAUUGCUCAUGGCCUUAGCAGUUCCACUAGGUCAGACCGUGGUUUCACUGGUGGUUGACAAGCUCUGGGGAAGAAGCACAUACGAGAAAAGACCCAAAACCAGAUCAUGGACCCAAUCAAGGAAGAAAAGACCCUUUAGCAAAACUGCUUCCACGACCGAAACAAGGGCGAGAAAGGAACAAGAUGAAGAAGAAGAAGAAAGAAGAAGCAAUGGAAGUGGGAACGGUUAUCAGUCAUGGGUAGCAAAAGAUGGUGAUGACGAUGGUGCACAUAAGAAGAGGGAUAGCAAAGGUGGUCCGGGGUUUGGUGGGUGGGACGAGCUAGAUAGAGUAGGCAAUGAGACUCCACGAACAAAGACAACUACAAUGCGAAACGGAAGGAAGGUAGAUGGGCAAAGGAAGCAAGGAAACAGAGUUAGGAUGAGCAGAAGAAGAGUUAGGGAGAAACCUCUUCUGUUCCGGAUGCUGGUUGCUGUGUUCCCUUUCAUGUCUUCCUGGACGGGGUUCCUACUUUGAUUGAUAGUGGAAGACCCGACGCUGGUGGAAAGUCGAUAUGUGGACGUUGUUAAACCGGUAGAAAGACCAUAUUGAUGAUUGACUAAGGCAGGAGGAAGCAGAAUGCAGAUCGUCGAAAAGGAAUCACCGUCCUGCUACCAAAUUGUGUAGCAUAUCCGUGGAAAUGAUAGCAGGAAAUGAAGAACUGGGGUGGAUUCACUUAUAAGUCAGCUAUGUUACGUAUAUUUUUUCAUCCAAGGCGACGAGACUAGCUGCUUUGAUCUUUGCAUAUUUGGUAUGCUACUGUGUCAGGUGCUUUUUGCAACUUGAGCACUUUGUUCUCCUUUUGCCUAUUGAGCUCACUAUUCCUGUUCAUCUGAUCAUGUUGCCGCAAGCUGGGUAAAGGUUUGAUUUGGUCAAUACUGAAGAACUGUUCCCUUGUGAAAUCAAUUAGAUAGUUCUUC